GAUCCCAGAUCUGUCGCAGCCGUACCGGAAGUCGGUGCGCAGUUAAAAGCCAAGUGUUGUUUUCCGAAGGAAAUUACUUACAUAAAUGGUCCUGGCUGUCAUUUUAGCGACCUUACGGUAAGAAACUCGCUGACUUAAGCGCUUUUGUCCCGGCGCUGCUUAUUAUUAGCAACAUUUACCGCGAUUCUGUUGAUAAUUUAGCUUACCUAGCUGAAUUUAGGAAACGGCUAUGCUAGCUUGUAGCCAGCCUGUUGACAAAAAAACAAGCUAGCCGAUGCAGGAUACUCAAUGAUUUUGACUUAAUAUAGUUUUCGUGAAAAAUUAACGUUAAUGCCGACAUUUUAAACAUUUAGUCCAACCCAACGUAUAUCGUCUAUUUAGCUGAAUGAUGGGUACUGGCAUGGUCCAGCUCACCUCUACGUCCCACCACGAGCACAUCCUGGACUCUCUGCACAACCUGAGACUGCAAGGUCUCCUCAGUGACGUCACCGUGCAGGUGGACUACCAGGGAGACGUGCAGGCUUUCCAGGCGCACCAGGUGAUCCUUGCCGCCUCCAGCGGGUACUUUAAAAACAUAUUCCUCUCUCAGGACGGUGGUGCACGGGACAACAUCCCGCUUUCCAUCAUGCAGCCCGGGGACUUUUCCACGUUUUUGGAGUUUGUCUACACAGGGAAAGUGGUAAUCACUCAGAGCAAGAUCGUGGACAUAGAACAGGCGGCGAGGCUUUUGGAUUGCGACGAGCUCUUGAAGAUCUGCAGUGCCGCUAUCAGCGCUGGGCUCCUACAAGAGCCAACCGAUUAUGCAUCCAACUUGGACCUGGAAGAGUCCGCGGCUGCCAAACCAAGCAGAAAGAAGAAAGGCAAGCUCGCUCAAAAAACCUCUGAGCAGCUUUCGGCAACAUCAAAUCCCUCGGAGACAGACGGCGAGGAGCAAACACUAGAAGUCAAGAAACUGAAACUUAGGUUGGGCGGCCAUGAGGUCCUCCAGAGAUGUGUAGAACUAAAGCCAGACGCGGUGAAGGAAGCUGAUGAAGUGUCAGAAAACAAGGAGGACGUAGAGGAAGCAGGAGCUCAGACAGAAUCUGAAGAGUCAUGGCCGCCGUCGCCUCCUGUAGACACCGUUGACAUCGGACCAGAUGACGAUGUUUCACUGAGUCUGGAUGAUGGCGAGGAACCCUUGUUAUCCACAGGGGAGGAGGACGAGGAGGAAGCCAAUGUACGGUCCAAGAGGAAGGCCCAGUUCUUGUGCAACAACUGCCAGCGGACCUUCUUGUACGAGAGAUGCUACAUGAAGCACGUCAGCACCUACCACGGGGUCAAAGCGGACCUGGUGUACCGCUGCAAGACCUGCCUGCAGACAUUCUCUAACCGCAGCAACCUGAAGAUCCACGAGAAACACGUCCACAGCACCGAGAGACAGUUCUCCUGCGACGUCUGCGCUAAGACCUUUAAACGGAAGAAGGACGUGGUCCGCCACCACCAACAGGUGCACGUCCCCCAGUAUCACCAGUGUCCCGACUGCGGCAAGUCGCUCAGCUCCAAAGCGUCGCUGGAGCUUCACAAGAAGAUACACAGUGGCAUCAAGCCCUUCGCCUGCAACGACUGCGGCGCCCGCUUCACCCAGAACUCGGCGCUCAAAAUGCACCAAAGGAUCCACACAGGAGAGAAGCCAUUUUACUGCGAUAAGUGCAACGCCCGCUUCUCCCAGAAAAGCAUGCUGGUCUAUCAUAAGCGCUCCCACACGGGAGAGAGACCUUUCAUGUGCGAGGCCUGCGGUAAGAGUUUUGCUUCCAAAGAAUACCUGAGGAACCACUCCAACAUCCACACGGGCACCAAGCCUUUCAAGUGUGAUGAGUGCGGCCGCGGCUUCGCCCAGAGGAACUCCCUGCGUCAGCAUUUAACGAUACACACAGGCGAGCGCCCCUACGCCUGCAAGUAUUGCAGCAAGCAGUUCACGCAGCUCAACGCCCUGCAGAGGCACCAGCGCAUUCACACCGGCGAGAAGCCUUACAUGUGCGGAAUGUGCAGCCGUACCUUCUCCGACAAGUCCACGCUGCGCAGGCACACGGCGACUCAUGACUCCAGCGCUCCGUGGAAGAACUACCUUGUGGUUCUGGAGGGAAACGUGGAGGAGAAAAAGCCUAAAGUUCCAAGUGAGGCGCCCACUCAGGAGAAAAAGACCCCGGCUAAAAGAGUCAAUACCAAAGCACGUAAAACCAACGCCGAAGCCGCGCCAGUGGCCGAGCCGGUCGCCCUCCCAUCUGAGUGGGAGGGAAACGGGGCCCUCGCCCUGCUCGGGCAACAAGCCCACCUAAACGGGAUCACCGUCAUCCACACCGAGAUGCCGUCGGGGACUCAGUUACAGUCCAUGGUGACACCAGACAACACAGAAGCCAGGGACAUUGCUUUGGAUGGGUUAGCCGUUCCCGUCUCAUUUGCCAUACCCGUGGCACGCCCCUUCCAUGCCCCAAUACCUGAGUCCACAUCUUCAGAGACCUCGAUGACGUCCGUCUUAGAAACGGCCGUCUCCCAGACCAUCUUGGCUCCUGUGUGUGACGCCACAGCUGAGGAACAAGUGUUGCACCCAAACAUUCAUACUGUGACCGUGUCGGACAAGAUGUCCGCGCAAAGGACAUCGAACCAACCUUUGGAGCACAUAAAAGGAGAUGCAAAUUCCUAGAAAAAUACUGCAAAAAUAUCAUUUUUUUUGUCCGUUGUGGUGUUUGCUGCGUUGUCAUCAUUCAGACUGUGAUAGUAAGCAUAUUAGCUAUUUAACUGGACACAAGUAAAAGGGUAUUUAAACAUAUUUAAAUACACUUAAGUAAAACUGACAUGACAUGGGGGCCGGUGUAGCUCCAUUGAUAGAGCAGCCGCGCCAGCAACCUGAGAGUUCCUGGUUCACUCACCGGUUUCUGCCAUCCUAGUCAUUUCCGUUGUGUCCUUGAGCAAGACACUUCACCCUUGCUCCUGAUGGGUCGUGGGCCUUGCAUGGCAGCUCCCACCAUCAGUGUGUGAAUGUGGAAAUAGUGUCAAAGCGCUUUGAGUACCUUGAAGAUAGAAAAGCGCUAAACAAGUAUAACCCAUUUACAAUUUAAAAGACAAAGGGCCUGAUUUACUGCACUAAAUAAAAUAGCGUGUACUAUGAGUGGGCGUGUUGCAUGUGAUCAACUAAGACUGGGUGUGCAAUUGACAAGUGCUGCAGACAGCCUAAUUUAAUUGUGCAUUUUGCGUGCGUACAAGGAUUUUACCAUGGAGACACCAAUGGCACACAUCUAUAAUUUGUAACACCUUUUCUUAAUUGCAAUCUCGUCAAAAGAAACAUAUACACGCUAACACUUAAUUCUGUGCGCAAGGCUCUGGAUUGCAUCACCAGCACAUUUGAGUCUGGGAUGACUGAAACACAAGAAAAUGCGCAUUGAAAUAUUUAUUUGUAUGUAAAAUAUUUCCUAAAUGAAAAAGAAACAUAAAAAAACCCGCCAGCUGACACCAAAACACAUCAAUUGAAUUCAUUUUAAUCAGCCUCUUAAGUCAUUUAGCAGCUAAAAAAUUAUAAAAGGAAAUUGCUGAAUAGACCAUAUGCCUAAUACUUUUUAUUUCUGAACGUUCAGAAUGUUGACAGAUACACGUAGGAUGGAGGAUAUCAAUGGUCUUGUCUGGGCAGCGCGAGCACUGAUCGUGCAGCCGCGUGUGGAACUGUCAGUUUGCAUGUCCUACUGACGUGCUAAAUAAAAUGGAAAAUAGUGCUCGCAAAACAGUAAUGAGUGUUGAUAAAUGACAUGGCUCGUGCUAAAUAAUUAUAUUUGCAUCUUCUCUUCCCAGUAUUGUUGCCUUUUUGAUGAUCAGCAUAUAAUUUGCAUAUGCAUGACGACAAAGACACAACAUUGUUUGCAGGUCUUAUUCUAAAUGCAAUUUGCACAAAUUUAGUAGAUCAGCUUUGCGUGUGCUGGCAGGUUUGCACAUGUUUUAGUACACACAAACCUUUAGUAAACCAGACCCAAAGCAUAACAUCUACUCUCAAGUGAGAAACAUUGUCUAUGAUGAUAGUCAUCUCUCUAGGGUCAUUUUCGUACAAGAAAAUCAACAUGUUAUGUGAGGGGGCACAUUAGGUUGAACAAAUGCCAUAUUUUAUAAUUGGAAUCCGAUAUCCGUAGGUUAUCAAUGGUUACAUGGAAAUACAAUAUGUGUGUAACAAAAUGAGGAAAGCUACUGUGAUGAUGUUGCCAUGGUGACCCAAUAACGGUACAAAGUUUGCCUUGGUUUUCAUAUACAGUUUUGGUUACGGUAUGGCCAAAGAUUGUGUGCAAAAACUAGUUUCUCUGCCCACGUAUACUUCUAUCCACUUUCUUCCACUUAUUUUACCGCCGUCUUGUGGACAAUGUGAGUAUAUCAGGUCAAUGACCAUGAAUGUUAAAUGGCAGUGUACCCACCACAGCAUUUACCUAUUUGACCCAAUCCACACAACAUUUUCCACUCAUGCCGCAAACCGCGACCAACACAAAAAUGUCCAAUCACUAUACAUCAUUCAAAAUUACACCUAUUUAAAUACACUACAAUGCAUGAUGGGAAAAAAGCAAAACACUCCACACUUAUCCAUGUUUGGUACAUUUUAGCUGCUUGAUAUUUUUGAUUACAAAACUUUGAAGAGGUCUUUAUAUAUAUAUAUAUAUAUACACACACACACUUAAAAAUAUAAAUGUAUGGGCAGGCGUAUGAACAACCAACACAAGUGCAUUUUUUGAUGGCCUUUUGAAUGCACAGAGAUACCGUGACGAGAUCCUGAGGCCCAUUGUUGUACCAUUCACCCGAGACCAUCACCUCAUGCUGCAACAUGACAAUGCACCACCCCAUGUUGCAAGAAUCUGUACACAAUUCCUGAAAGCUGAAAAUAUCCCAGUUUUUGCAUGGCCAGCAUACUCACCGGACAUGUCACCCAUUGAGCAUGUUUGGGAUGCUGUGAAUUGGCGUAUAUGACAGCGUGUUCCAGUUCCUGCCAAUAUCCAGAGGAGUGGACCAACAUUCCAUAGGCCACAAUCAACAACCUGAUCAACUUUAUGUGAAUGAGAUGUGUUGCACUGUGUGAGGCAAGUGGUGGUCAUACCAGAUACUGACUGCUUUUCUGACCCCCAGACCUCCAAUAAAGCAAAAACCGCACAUUUCA